UCGGCUCUAGGCAACCAGUACACAAUAUGGCGGCCUACUACUAAGCAACUUCGGACGCUACACAGUGAAAUCCUAAAUAAAGUUAGAUGUAUUCUCGCCUGUAUUCUCUUAGUUUACGCACAGAAUAAAGUGGAAUUGAUAAAAUAAUUUGCCUAGCUACGCAAUGGAACCAUUAGAUUAUUGGUUGGAAAGGGAAUUGGAACUGAACAAAGCUCACGAAGAUAUUUACGGUUUCAGAUUAACGAGAAGAGAAGCGCUAUUAAAACGUUCUGAAUGGCAUCUGGAUGAAAGUGCAGCAAAGAACAGUCAUUUGGCAGAAAGUUGGACAAGAGCUAAGAAGAGGAAUCACGUACUACUUCAAAAACUAGAGAAGGCUGAAGAAAAUCUGAAGCGUGGAGCAAAAUCUGGUGCAUCAAGAAACUUUACAGAACUAGAGGUAUCAUAUUGGAACAUGGUAGAGAAAGAAUUGCCAGCAUGGAAGAUGGAUGUCAAGAAAAGCAAAGGGAAGACUCUUACCCCCAGGUGACAGCUUACAAUAGCUGUGGGUGGGAGGUGAACAGACUGGACCAGAUUAUUAGGGGAAAAAUUUCACAGCAGUUUUGUGCACUUGUACCCAAGAAAAAUGGAGAGAUCUGCAUUAUUAUACAAAUAACUGCCUGACUAGCUCUAAAUGUCGUCACUGGGAACUGACACGCAUCCAAAUUUAGUUAAUGGGAAGCAAAGACCUUAUAACAACACCAUAGUGCUCUCCGUGGUUUGCAUAUGUAACGAAAUAGGAGGCAUCCAUUCACGCAGAAAGCAAUAGAAAGUACCGGUAAUUGCAAUUAAGAGACGGUGUCCUAGUUGUUCCAGAAUUUAUAGAUAUAUGUAAUUGCAAGAGGGCGUCCUACACUGCAUUAUUACAGAAUUUUGCAGAUAUUUGCAGAAAACGCUGUCUUGGUUUUAUAAGAUCUUUGAUAGGAAGCUUUCAAUUUGUACGAUGAUGUAACCGUUCUGUGCUCUCCGGGAAACAAAGAUUUGGGCCAAGAUUAAUUUAUAUGCUGUCAUUACACUAUGCUGUCAUUUCCCCCUGUCGCUGUGCAAUCAGAAGCUUUUUUUUCAUUUUUGGUCUAAAAUAUGGGAAGGGCAUCAUUUUGUUUAAUCUAAAUUGCAUACAACACUAUGGAAUCACAAAAACAUUUGACUUACAUUGUAAAAAUUAUUUAUUUCCACAAAUUACUUAGCAAAAUCAUUUACACUAGUUUUAUAAUGCACCGACAAUCAGUGCAAAAUUUUUAGGAAUUUGAGCUCUGGUUUCCAUAAAACUGCUACAGUGGGAAGCUGUCUUACAGUGAGAUAAAGCUUAACCAAACGUAACAAAUGUUUUAUCUUAUAUUAUUAUUCCAAAAGCUACUAAAGACCAUGAAAACCCCAGUCCUAAAAGUGGUCUUUAAUUGGAGGGAGACCUGUAUAAACUUAGUUUUCUAGGAAACAUGAUUUUUAAUUCGCUUUUCAUCUGAAAUGGAUUGCAGACAAUUAACACUUUAUUAUGAAAUGGGUGUAUUUAAAAAUUGGGUAUGCACGGUAGAACUUACUCCGAAACUGGUAUUAACUUCUCCGAAAUUACAAAUAAAUAACUAUGAACUAUAAA